AUGCCUGCCCGCAAAGCCCUCAUCGCUAUAACCUCCGCCAGUGCACGCCUAUUCAACGGCAAAGAGACAACAGGCCUCUUCAUCAGCGAAGCACUCCACCCUUACAAAGUCCUCACAGCCGCCGGAUUCGAAGUUGACCUCUCCUCCGAAACAGGAAGCUACACACCAGACUGGCUCUCUCAACAACCCGACUUCCUCAACGGCGAAGAUCUCAAAACCUGGAACGACAAGAAUAGCGAAUUCCGGAAGAAACUCGACAAUAUGACCAAAGCCGCUGACCUUGAUGGAUCGGCCUAUGGUCUAUUCUUCGCUUCUGCGGGCCAUGCCGCGCUGAUCGAUUACCCCACUGCUAGGGGAUUGCAGAAGAUCGCUGAAAAAGUGUGGGCCAGUGGAGGCGUUGUGGCGUCUGUGUGCCAUGGUCCUGCUAUUUUUGCUAAUAUCACGGAUGCGGCCGGGGAACCGAUUAUUAAGGGGAAACGGAUUACUGGGUUUACUACUGAGGCCGAGAAUACUAUGGGUAUCAUGCAGGACUUGCGGAGUUGGGGUUCGGAGAUGGUGGAAGAGAUUUCGGCGCGAUUGGGUGCUACUUAUGAACGAUCUGCUGGUAUCUGGGAUGACUUUCAUAUUGUUGAUGGUCGCCUGGUCACUGGUCAGAACCCCGGAAGUUCUACUUCCACUGCAAAGGCAGCUGUUGAGGUUUUUGAUAAGCUGUAG